AUGAACGAGCUGGCCCGGUUUGCCGCCUCGUUGAUUGCAGCCGACCGCUGCGUGCAUGUCCAGGAAUGCCCUGAUGGUUUCCACGACAAGGCCUAUCUCUUCCGUACGAACUACGGCAGGGAGGUAAUUUGCAAGGUUCCGAACCCAAAUGCAGGAGUGGUGCAUCACACCAUUGCCAGCGAGGUUGUAACCAUGCAUUAUGUGCGCAAUUUAUUGUCCACUCCGGCCUCUAUGGUCCUGGCCUGGAACUACCGCGCAGAGAGCAAUGCCGUCGGUGCUGAAUACAUCAUCAUGAAAAGGCCGAAGGCGUACCCUUGA